AUGAAAUUUCUGCAUAAAAUUUGAAAUGAUAGGCAAACUUUUCAUCUAUAAGAGGUUAAUAGGCAAGCAUAAAUGGUAUUUAAAAAAAGAAUAUAAUUACUAAAAUACUAUUUAGAACCUGCCAAUAUAUGUAGAAUUGAGAAUCUGGUUCAAGUACUUUCAAUUUAUUUAAAUAGAAAGACAUUCCAACAAGAAAGCCAGUCUCUUUAGUUUCAUAAGCAUAAUCUUUAAAAAUCUCCUUUUAUCUUAUGUCAAUGAUUUAAGCCAUAGUAACAUGAUUUAUAGAUUAUUUACUUUUGAAGCAUCUUU